AUGGCAAAAAAUGGAGAAAUGGAGAAAAAUGAAGAAAAACCGUCACAGGCUUCAAAAGGGGAAGGAGACGAUAAACAGGCAGCGGUCAUCCAGUGGCCACUCAUUAUUGACCGAUCCGGCCAAGCCAGUACCUUCCUAAGAUACCGUGACACCAACUUUUACGAUGCUCUCAACCCUGGGCACAUGCAGCCUGAAGUUCUCCGACUCGGGCUCCUUGGAGCUAUAAGGUACGGGAAGAUGCUUGUGAUCGACAUGAUGGAGGUGAAUAUGUUUCAAGCAGUGAGCAGGAUAUUUGACCAGAUCGAGGUAGGCCUGAUGGAGAAGCUGCUGAAUAAGGAAUUACUCCAAAAGGACAGGUUUCUUUCAUUGAUUAGACCUGGAGAUGGGCCGGAAUAUUCUCGCAAUGAAUUCUCUCCAGCAAGGACAGAAAAAUUCCAAAUGGUCUUUAUCACCAAAUUGCAGAAUCUCCCUGAAGAACUGCUCACCAUCUUCUAUCCAAUUCAAAUCGUCAUUAAAUAACCAAAACAUCAACAAUUCAACACAAUCUCAGAUUUCCAUUCAGGCUGAUCCUGAUCAAGAUCCUUCUCUGUUGAAUGUCCGGGCAAUCCUCUUUGUUAAAGUGUUUCUCCGAGAAUGAAGUCAAAAGAUAAAGGCAUUUCUCCAACAAUCUGUAGGAAGGGAACUAGACAAGUCUUUAGAUUUUGAAUUUUUCUAUCUUUUUAGGUAAUGAAUCUCGGAUUUUCUUGGAAUAAAUUGUGAUAUCAGUUCCAGUUGUGAUUUAUGGUGAAAUAAACACUGGAUAAAAUUCUCUCUAUAAAUGUCUGUACAUCCCGACAAAGCUUCAUUCCUCAAUCUAACUAUGGACCAAGACUUCAGUCAUAGAAUAGAAUCCCUACAGUGUGGAAACAGGCCCUUCAGCCCAACACAUCCACACUGACCCUCAGAGCAUACCACCCAGAC